AUGCACAGCCCCGCGGAUCUGUGGUUUGGUGAAAUUCCCCUCAAAAAGACGCCCUUGGACAUGUCCGCCGCUCAGCUUAACCAUCAAAAAUACCAAAUGUCUAGUUAUUCCCAUAUUCCUUUCCCUCCAUCCUCUGCUCCGAACAGAGAUCGUCUCAGCCCUUACGAUGAAGUGACUGUUCAGAAUGCGCAAUCCGAGCCAGAUAAUAAGGCGGGGCCUAUAACGCAUGUUCCAGGAGAGCCCGCUGUCAGACUACUCCCCGACCAAGUCCGCAUUCAUAUCUCGAGUCACCUGGAUACUCCGCUCCUCGAUGAGCUUUACGAAAAUCUCUGGCUUAUUGCGAAGAAAUGCGGUCGAAACAUCGACCCGCUCCAUACACAAAAGGUCAAAGGUCGAAGCAUUGUCCCUACCGAGGAUCCUAGGCUCCAUCUCACCUGGCACCGGGACAGGAUCUAUAUAAAGCCUGUUCCAGUAUUCCUUCUCAACUAUCAAUUUUGGACAACAUAUCUACAGACCUCGACGCAGGACUCAUCUUGUGGGAUGCCCAAAGAGUUGGGCUUCGACAGCUCGAUUGCGACUGGAUUCUUGCGGUCAUAUGCUUUGCUCGUGCCGCACCGUCUGGAUUUCGAAUUAGCGAAAGAAGCCCACCUUAUCCCUGGCGACGUGGAGAACUGGUUUCAAUGGUCGAAAUUCAUCAGCCAUUUCUAUCACCUCUCUGAUGAGAACGUUGCGAAGCGAUAUCACUACGGACAGCUGCGCCUCUCGUGGCUGAACUGGGCCGUCCGCGUGUUCCGCCCACAGCACGCGCGAACUUGGUGGUUCUACGAGGUCCCGCACUGGUCUAUCACCGCUUUUGUGGCGAGAGCGACCGUACCUCUACUGUUCUUGUUUGCCGGUAUAUCCCUCGCUCUGUCAUCAAUGCAAGUUGCACUCUCGGUGCCGACAGACGACCCGUGGUUUCAUGGACUAGGAGAGUCUAAACUACAAAGUAUCGGCCGGGCGUUCUGGGUGUUCUCUAUUGCUGUAAUACUGGGUUGGGCAGCUAUAGGGGCCCUCUUACUCGGCAUUCCAACUGCAAUCCUGGUGUGGCAAGUUUCAUGGGGGUUUAUGAGAGAGAAGAGACGACGGGCGGGCAUUUCUGCGGGGUAA